AUGUCUGGAGAUAAAAAUUAAUCCCCUAAGGUAAAUACAUAUUCUCUAUCUAAUUCAAAAUCAGAAAUAUUAGAUACUUAAGAGAAAGUGGUUCAUCGAACUGUUAAAAGUGAAAUACAAAAUAUAAAUUAAAAUAAUUUAGAGGAGGAGAACCAAAACUAAUUGAGUAAAUCUGAGUCUGGAAACUACUCAAUAAUAAUAAUUUAUGGAUUAAUAAUUUUGAGUUUGAUAAUUGGUUUAGUGAUUGGAUAUAAAAUAAUCAAAGAAGGAAAUGUUUAAGACGAAUAAUAAAUGGAUGUGUUUGUGAACAUAAUCUCGAAAUCUUUAUUAAAUGAUCUUGAACAACAUAAAUUUUUAAUUAUUGAUGAUUAAAGAAAAUAACUUAAAAAAUUUUAUGAAAAAAUAUUUAGUAAUAUUCUUUGGCAAAAGGUAAGUGUUUAUAAUGUAAAAAAUAGAUUGUGAAGUAUAUUCAAUAAUAACCUAAUGUGUUACUGAGUAAAGAUAAUAAAAAAUGGAUUUUGAAAGACUGA